UGAAAUAUAUUAGUGUAAUUUUAGUAAUAGCAAAAUGGAUAACGCGACUAGAUCAGUUGUCGAUCCAGUGGCGGCAAGAUGGAAUUCAUCGUCGAUAGACUUCGCAGAGAUCACGAUGGACCGGAACUUUGCAUUGCUGCUGGUCUCUCUGAUAUCUGCCAUCCUAUGGGUGGUUUAUAUAACGUACUACAAUAGCCGUGUACUCGGGUAUAUACUUACCAGACUCAUUAACAAAUUCUACUUUCAAGAUGAGAACUUCAAGAUUGGUUCAUUCACUCUUAAUGCUCUCUCUGGUAAGAUUAUGUUCCGGGACAUAGUGUAUAUAAACUAUGACUAUACAUUACGCAUUCAGGACGGAUAUCUGAUAUUCAGAUGGUGGCGAUCUUACGUCCCCAAAGAUGUUUCUGAAGAUUUAUCACAUUCCGAUACACGCCUUUCAAUAAUGUUAAACGGCUUCGAAUUACACUUUUACAAUCGAUGCGAUCUAUACAACGAACUCGAGAAAACAUUCGGCCUCGAGCCGGUUAUAAAGGAACGAAACGACGACGACUCCACCGACAGAGACAAAGCUAUGAACGACGCUAAUGAGAAGCGGCGACGCGCGCAGGACACUGUGCGCUCCGAAGCCGCCAUGGCUCGCACCUGGCGAGAUCUUAUUCCCGUCAUAAAGAUCGAUGUGUGCACCAGCCGCGUUGUCUUCGGCAACAAACUCGUCCCCACCACACUGUCCAUCAGCGUCGAGGAAGCACACCUUGUGUACAGCACCAAGCCACCAGCUUCCAGCCUCGACCAUCUGAUGCACUUCGUCAAAGCCAAGGCGGAAAACUGCAAAGUAAUUCUUGCCCCUAGCCCCAAUUACACAGCGAUGGUCGAUGAGCCUCCGAGAUACAUGGGAGAAGGUUUCGUGGUGAUGAGCUCAAAUUACAUUGAAGUAUAUUUUUAUAUGGACGAACCCGGCCUGGUGCCGGAACAGCCUGUGCUUUUGCAACUAGCAAAUGGAGAUAUCGUGGAAUCGGCGCCGCCCAUUUGGGGCGUCGACAUCAAAUGUGGAAAAGGCACAGACUUUAGUUACGGACCUUGGGCCGAUAGACAAAGGGAUCAUCUAUUCAGAUUUUUCUUUCCACCUAAUUACAAAUCAUUAGAAGUGACGCCGCAACCGAAACCUGGCGAUAGAAGGCAAAUGCAAUCUUUUGAUAUUAGACUGUCUACGCUAAAUGAAGCGACGAUAGAUAUUCUGUUUACCAAAAACAAAGAAACGAAUGCAGUUCACAUCAACAUAGGAGCCGGAUCUUACAUGGAAGUAACUCUGCCGUGGAUUGUGCUACAAGACGGAUACACGACCAAAAUAACAGGCCAGCUACUCCAUUUGGAAGCGACGACGAGUUUACAGUACAGAAGCUUAGCGGAGAGCGAAACUCUCGAAUAUACAGUGAAAUGUCACUACCCACUAGUGUGGAACCACCACCAGUGCUGGCAGCUAUCGCUGACUGGCUGUAAAGCCACGGCGCAUUUCGUAUAUACACACAUAGAUUUCUUCCAAGACCUGACGAAUGAUUGGUCGAGCAAGGCCCGACCUGAUAUUUUGCAUUUCGUUCCAUAUACAUGGAAAAUAUCAUUAUUAUUAAAAGAGUGUGAAGUUCUGACUGUGAGUAACCAACACAAUUGGAUCGAUUGCAGUUCAACAAAUCAAGAAAACAACCAUGUCGCCUUUUGUGGCGAUCUUUUAGAUGUGUCAUUUGAUUUGCCCUUCAUUGAUUUCCUUCCGGACGUUAUACCUCUUAAGAUAUGGGUUCAAGGGGAAGCCGUGGACAUGAGUCUAUAUCUACCUGAAGUAAACACAUCCAGACUGCUACUUUUGUCCAUUGAUAAAAAUAUGAAAUUGGUACCGUGUCGGCUCAAAGCCUCUAAGUGGCGCAGAAAGUGCGUGAAAAGUCAAGGUUGGGUAGAUUGCUGGUCGGUUCCCAUAGUAGCUCUGAGCGUCAGGUACAAUUACCACCCUAUUCCACCGCUCGGACCGGAGCCACAAGCUGAUAUCACCACACCGGAAAAAGAAGAGAUUCUCCUCUCCCCAAUGAGAAUACCUCGGAUGAGAAAACAGCCCCAAAUGAAUUGGGUCAUAGAUGGUAAUACAUUCGAUCGAACUUCCCUGCCGCCAGAUAAAGUCAGCGUAGAACUAGAGGUGGGCCCGUCCGUACUUCUCGCUUAUGGUACAAUAAUUACAAGUUUUAUGAAUUUAUUGGAGAAUAUUUUCGGCGAAGACCAAAGGUUCACAGAUAUGCAAAAAACCCCAAGCGUGGACAACCCCUUCUUCAAUGAUAACCCAACGAAGUUCAAUGACAGAAGUAGUAUCAAUCAACAUGUCGAUAUAUCUUUGGACGAUUCGAGCGAUUCCGGCAAAGAGCCAUUUGACCCGCGUCGCUGCCGGCCGCUAGACGUUGCCGUGUCCAUCAUAAUACACGAUAUUCAAGCUCAUUUAGUGAAGAAUUGCAGCGAAAAUGAGCCGCCAUGCCCUGUUGUACUCAUCGAAAGAUUCGGCUUUGAAAUGGAUAAGAGAUUUAAAGAAACAAAACUUCAGUUGCUACUCAGCCCUUCAAUACUUGUAUCGCCCAACAACCUGGCGCGGCCCAACGCUAACAACACCGGCGCACUACAGCAAGGACACUUGAUGCUAUCGUCAUUUCAGCUGCGAGGCAACGGCUUCUUCAGCGACACGAAUCGCUCCGUUGAGGAUGAUACCGUAGAGUACGCGUGGAUGAUGGAACUCCAACUUGGCCAACUGACGGGUCGCCUCACGUUGCCGCAGCUCUACCAAAUUAUUUCAUCACUCGAAACAUUCUUGUUGCUCAUAUGCGAUAGUGAAAAUGAAUUGGUACCUCCAAAUUCAGUAAAACAGUGUCACCACGGCUUGAACACUGUGCUAUGUCCAGAAACAGACUUAGGACUGAAAUACCGUUGCCCGACAUCUAACGAAAUCAAAUACCGAAUGAUACGAGUUGCAAUCGACUUAAUAGAUAUUUAUGUUGCCGAUUCCAAUACCACUUUACAGUCAUGGAUUUCUCCGAUCAGGUUAACAUUUUGCAAUCUUCAUGGAACGGGUUUCGGAACUGGCAUAACUGGUUUGCUACCAAACAUUAAGCUCGCACUAUACACUCAGACGAACAUGCAAACAAACACUCACCAUCAUUCCAACAGCAGCACAAAUAGCCAAAACAAACAGACGCUGCCUGAGAGCGAAAACUGGGUCGGCGUCGGUUCCGUAGCCCUCGGGCCGGUGCUCAUUGAAGCCGCGUCGUCUUUGCCCCAAGCGCCGAGGAAUCUACAUUUAGUGCAGCAAAAGUUCCUUAAACUGCACGAUGAUAAAACUAAAAGACUUUGGUUCCUGUGGCCGAACGAGGGCAAGGGCACGCAAUGCGGAUGCACGGGUGGGUGUGCAUUCUUUGGCUCCAAUAGAAAUGGACCUAAUUUCUUAAAGCCGACCCAAUCGGACAUACUCGAGGGCGUAAACAUAGCUAUGUUCAAUGUUAUCGAAACAUCCCCCGGAGAGUACGGCUACGGGCAGAGCCUUUUGCAUCCAGGACAACUCGUGUUCCACACUCCUCCUUAUAACAGUUUAAACGUUUGCUUGCAACCGACCAACGUUUCCACUUUAAUUCCCUCACCACUACCGCAAGUUUUUAACAAAUCACCUCAAAGUGCAGAACGGCGUAGUUUGACGCGACGGUUCUCUUAUACGAGCAUGAGCAAAGGUAGCAACAAUGUCCUGGUUUCUAGCACCAAGAGUGACGUUCCGUACGCCCGCCUAGUGGACUCCACUGUACCUCUAGGUACGUCAAAGAUUGACAGCGACUCCAAACUCAACAAGAGUAUUCUCAAUGUUCCACAAAUGGAGAGCAGCGUGUCAGAUUCAAAAUUGGCUCUCAGUUGUGGAGUAAAGGACAGCACAAACGGAGUAGCCAAAAAGCCAGCGCCGACCGAUAGCGAGGUGUUUGUAGCUCCCAAAGUGCCAGCGAGAAGCGUGGCCGUGUCUGAGUCUCACUAUUCGCUUAACUCUCAGCCGCCUCAGGAGGAACUUUUGCAGCAAGAAGUUCAACGAACGAUGUCGAUCACCAGCGAAAACCAUUCUGAAGCGUUUUUCUCGGCGGACGAGGACAUGUUCCCAAGUCGGUCGUCGAGCUUAAAGCAUUCCUUCGGUAGCCGUCAUAGCAACCCAAAGGACAAGAGCUCGUUCGGUGUCAACGAUACUACUAAUGAGAAGUGGACUAACUCCAUGCCGAGAUCGGAGGUAGUGGACUGCCCCGACACCAUCAGCAACCUGAGCGCCGGCGUGCAGCCUGACUCCGAAAGUGGGUCCGUUUCUUCUACUUCCUUCAUUUCCGCAAUUUCAUCACAAGAAGACAUGACUCUUGUAAAUUUGCAUAUGCAAACUAAUAAACCUAUCGUCGAUUCACCUCUACUAAUGGCCAGCUACAUGCACAAUCUGCCACAAUACAAAUGCUCCAAUUGGUCCACGUGUUCCCUGCCUACAGGGAGAGAUGCGUUCACUUUGCCGCUGUUUAAAAGAGCAGACGAUGGAUCUCUUGUUUACAUCGGUCAAAAAUAUUUACCUAAUUUCGAACAGACUGGGAAGGUGAAUAUUUUAAAACUCAUUGCAAAGAAAGAUGGACACGGCGCCCAAAAUCAACACGGUCCAUUUUCUAAUUUAACACCCCACUUCAACUCUCAAAUCAAAGCCCAUCCUUACCCGCAAGGCUGGUGGGAGCUGCAGCAGAACGUGCAAGACAAUCAGGAAAAUGUCACAGAUAAAAGUUCGGCGUCCAUCGCCACCACGACGAGCGAUAGCAAGAGCGGCCUAUUUAUAAAGCUGCGUGGAGAAAUCGAUGUUAUGCUCACGCCUUUAGUACUAGAAAGCACUCAGAAGUUCGUCGAGUCUUUGACACCGGUGCUCGCCAAUAUCCAUCCGAUAACCGUCAUAAAUCAUCUAAGACUGCUCUGUAUUUCCUCAGUGGAGAGCGCCAAUGUUCUUAAGCAGAAGCAAUACGUGCAGAACUGGAUGCCGCAGCUGCAGUCGCACAACCACCCGAGCAUCGUACCCGACAAGGACGACAAGUACAAGCUGGCGACCAUUCCGCAACCGAACGUUUACGAAGAGACGAUAUGUGACCAGCUUCAAGCGACGGUCACGGUACCCAAAGUCAAUGUUAUAUUCAUACAAUCGUCCGUCGUGGAGGAUAUGAUCUCGUUCUCUGCCCUGGAUAACAUACAAGACCUGACUUGCGUUUCACUUUUCGGAUUAUCGGUCGAGAAUAUUGUGGCGAAAUAUGUUAGCUCAAAGAAAACUUUGGAGUCCAUACAACUGUACUACAGGCCGACAUUACGUGCGCUGGGAAGUAAAAAGUCCUUCGGCAUCAUGAAGGGCCCUCGAGCUCUUAUAUCUGCCCAAUCAUCAGGACGUAAGAGAGGCCCCGAGAGAGGGGAGCCGGUUUUUAUUGAAACAUCACAGCAGCAAUGCGAGGACACUACCUUCACACUCAAUGUUGGCAAGGUGCACGGCCAGCUGCGCCGCAUUCGCAACGAGUCCUCUCAGCUGAAAGACGCUACAGUGACUGGCAUCCCCUGCCAACAUUCCAAAGUCAGUUUUAAGUUUACCAGAGUUGAUCCAUGCAGCAAGACCUGUGAUACUACGUGUUGCCAAAAUGGUGCAACGGAUACGCAAAAGGAAAGUUCAAUCGGUUUCAUAAUGUUUGAAUGCGGACUCGAGGGAGUCUCGAUCAAGGUGUCGCAGCACUCGCAGUCUCACAAGGCCAACGACGAGAAGAAGCCUGUGCGCAACGACACCGAAAGUUGCCGCGAGUCCGUCAAGUCCGCCGAGGAGUUGAAAUCGGACAAAGACAGAAGUUCCAAAGGUUACAGGACCUCCGGUAUCGAAGAUCUCUUCAGGAAGAAGGAAUCGAACUCCAAGCCUAGUACACCCAACUUAGGGGCGUCUCAACCUCCGCCGGUGCCCCCCGAGCCCAUGACCCCCGGCCCCGAGGAGCCCUCCGACAGCACGGCGACAAUUGUGCCCGUCAAAGACAACGGCAACAGGUCUUCCUGCGCCAUCGACUUGAAGGUGGUUUGGUUCAACUUCGCCGCCCCGCCACGCACACCUAUCACUAAGAAGAUCGACUACACAAGACUGGACUGGAACCUGCUGAGUACUGCGUCGCCUGCGAUCAACGCAUGGAUGAACCCUUGCAACCGGCUGGGCAUCCGCGUGGUGGCGCUGUACCGCGCCCGCGCGCGUCGCCUCGCCGCCACCGCCGCCAGCCUCAUGGCCGCCGCACUCGACCGCGCGCCCACACACACGCUGCCCAAGAGCCGGUACGGGCGGCACACGGCGAUGGCGCGGCAGCUGCGCGAGGAGCCGUCGCUGCAGCUGUGCGGGGUGUUGCUGCGGUACGCGCUGCAGGCGGACGCAGCCGCAGUGCAGGCAGACCUCGCCGACAGACAUCUGCCCUCGCUCUCCACACUCAGACAGGGAGUUAUUGUACUGAGCCGUCAGUGGAAGAACAUCCUGUACACUCCGCUGCUGCUGGAGCACAACUACAAGAGCAAGAUGAUGAAGCCGCUCAAUGUCACCUUCGCACUACCUGACUUGUUAGAGGAUUCAGUGGAAGGCUGGCAAGAGUACCAACUGGAAAAUGAAGCACUGGACGAAAAUUGCCUGCUAUUAAAUAUGGAAGCGGAUAAACUGAACAUACCUUUGUGCGCGGUGCCGGCCAGCCCGCGCCCCCACUCCUUCCCCUCCACGCCGCCAUCCGUGCGGGGAGCUCAGAGCAGCCGAGCGAGCCUGGUCUUCCCCUCCCUACCAUUCUCCACCAGGAAAACGCCAUUCCAGGAUGACGCCAUCGCUAAUUACGGAACGUUAAAAGAAGACCUACCAACUGUGGGGUCGAACCCAUCCCUUUACUCCCCCCACGGCAGCCACGACGAUAUGCCCAACGAGCAGGCUCGCGAAGAUCUCUACCAGUGGAUGGCCAAACAGGAACCUAUAAAAGUCGAGCCAAAGACAAAGAAGCCGAUAAUACCAGCGGCGAAGAUGAACCCGCGUGCGGUGGCGGCUUCGCUACCUGCCUGCAGCCUGUACCCGCUGCAGGGCUCGCUGAUGCUGCUGGACGCGCACCUCGUGUUCCAACCGCUGCUGGCCGCGCUGGGCGUGUCCCCGCACCAGGUGCCGCAAGGAGAAUCUAAAGACAAGGGCUACAUGUCGGGGCAGGGUGUCGGCGAGGGAGGCGGAGGUGGCGAGAGCGCGCCGGCGCUGGAGUCGCUGGGCUCCAAGCUGUCGCUGCUGGCCUGGCUCGACGUCUUCCGCAUCGACAUCGUCGUCAGCGACCUCGCCGCCCGCGACCGCCGACAUGCUAAUAACAAAGGAAAAGGUCAUCCGAGCCACAUCGACAUCCCGUCGGAGACGCCGGCCUUCCUCUGCGAGAAGGUGUCCAUCGACGUGGACGUGAAGAAGGUGGCCGACAUGGCGGUGGACGAGCUGGUGCAGCGCCGCAAUGUGCUCUACAUCUCGCGCGGACAGCUAAAGCGGCACAUCAGCACCAUGCUCAACUUCAACGUCAGCGUGCGCUUCAUCUCGCAACAGGUGAACAUGCCGCUGCUGCGACUCCUCCACCAGAUCAGCAACAUGUACCAGAACGUGAAGGACACGCAGACCGAGCUGCGCAGCCAGACCAAGCUCAACCAUCGACAGAACAAACACACCUCCUCCUCCGUUUCCGACUUCCGUGAGAACAUAGUGAGCCUGUCGUCGCUGGACAAGGAGAGUACGUAUGGUAUGAUGGGCGUGACCGUGAGCGCGGAGGUGGAGGCGCGCUCUCCGCCCAGCGCCGCCCCGCCCGCGCCCCGCGCACCUCGCCCGCAGUCCUUCGCACAGAAGCUGCGCUCCACUGGGAAAAGCGUCAAGGGAAGACUAGGUUAUAGUUCACUGAACGAGGGCGCGCACACACCGAUGUACAGCGCGGAGACGCCGCAUGUGCCCGCCGACCCCGCCCCCGCAGCCCCGCCCUCCCCCGCCCCGCCCGCCCCGCCCUCUGCGCACUCCCCCGCCGCGCCCGACUCGCAGCUGGCGCCGCGCUGCUGGCGCACCGUCUACCUGCUGCUGGAUCUCUACGCCAACAUGCCCGACGCCGACACCAUCACGCACAGGUUCUCAGUGUCGACGGAGCUGCCGGAGCAGUGCCGGCAGGCGCGCGCGCGGCCAGCCUCGCGCGACCACACCGCCAGCAACGCCUCCUCCAGCACCGCCGGUAUGGGCAUCGUCGUCGUCGGUGUCGCCAGGAUCCACCGCACGCGGCUGCUGGCGUCCUUGUCCGGGCUGAAGCUGGAGGCGGAGAUAACGUCGCUUCAGGGGUCGUUGUCGGCGCCGCGCGCGCGGCCCUGCGCACUCAGCGGUACUCUCGGCCGCACCGCCAUCGUGCUGCUGGAGGGUGUCGCUCCCAAUCAACAGACUGUAGUGCGAGUGAGCGUGGGCAAGUCGCAGGCGCUGUACUCGUGGGAGAGUGGGCGCGCGGGUGCGGCGGCGCUGCUCAGCGUGGGCGGCGUGCGCGUCGACCUGCCGCAGCAUCCUGUAGCGCUGCACGGCGUCAUGACCCGCUCCAGCCGCCAGCUCUCAUCCACGCUACAGGAGUUGGGUGUGACCCGCACGUCGUCGCGUCUGUCUCGUAACGCUCCUAGUGCACCGCCCGGCAACGGGCAGGGUGCGGGGACGGCGGCCGGAGAACAGGAGGCGGGGCCGGGGGGCAGUCCGCCGCGCCCGCCCCGCCCCCCACCACCUGCCCCCAGACACGACCCGCUGCUGCAGCCGCUGCAGCUGCAGUUCACGAUUAUGUUACAAAGCCUGAGCAUCACGGCGGCGCUGCUGCCAUCGCUGCAAGCGCAGUACAAGAUGGAACAGGUGCAGAGCAAGGGUGUGACAGGGCUCAAGGCACACUUCACAGUCGACCUGCCCACGCACUCGCUCAGCUUCGCCACCAAGCUGCAGGUAACGGAGGCCAACAUUCCGGCGGCGGCUUCGGUGGCGUUGCCGGCGGUGUCGUGUAUUGCCCGCGUGCUGGAGCGAGGUGCUGAAGAGGGCGGGGCUGGAGAUGAGGGCGUGGUGCUGCGCGCCGGCCGCUACCUCGCCGCCACUGCUGACAUCGGCCUCUUCGAGCAUACGCUUUCCACAGACCUCCUCAACCACCUCGUCUUCGUGCAGAAAGUCUUUAUGAAGGAAGUGAACGAAGUAGUACAGAAGGUGUACGGCGGAGAAAAGCCUGUGCCGCUGUGGAACGAGGAGGAAGCUUCGUCUUCCGCGCUUAGUAGGAUACUAUUCUCCCUCAUUAUAAGAAUCAAGCGUAUUCAACUGACAGCGACGACGCCCAGCAGCUCGGCGGUGCGGCUGGAGACGGGCGCGGUGGAGUUUGAGCUGUCCAACCGCGUGCAGAAUGUGCCCGCCCCCUCCGCCGCCGCCCCCCACGACCUCCGGCUAUUCGCACGCGCGCAGGUGGACGUGAACCUGAGCCUGGGCCAGUUGAUCCGCAACGCGAUGUUCGAGGAGGCGGAGCCCGAGUUCCAGCAGUAUGCAUUCUUCAACACCAGAAUAUCGAUGCGCAAUGCGUUCCAAGAGGAGCUGAGCGGACAGGAGGAGGAGCGCGGAGGAGAGCUCGGGGAGGAGAAGGAGGUGGUGCUGAUCACGCUGAAGAGACCGCUCGUGUACGUGCAGCCCGUCGCCGUCGACAAGGCCAUCCUCGUCUGGCUCAACUACAAGAAUGCCUACGAGUACUGGAACGAAAAGCGCCUCAAUCUCAACAAAGAGGUGCUCACCGCCACCCAGCAGGUCUUCGAGAAGGUUCAGCUGACGUCGCAGAUCACGACGCCACACCUCAGCACGCUGUUCCUGCAGCUCAACGUUGACGAUAUCGGCAUCUGUCUACCUCUCAACCAGCCACCACUCGCAACAUGGGGGCGAGGCGCCUGCGAGCAGGACAGCCGCGGUGCGGUCGUAGUCACACUGGAGAGCACCAGCAUCUCCGCCUGCAGCUCAGGAUCUCUCGUCAGCAAGGGUCGGUUCGUGGGUCUAUGCUUGAGGUUCGCAGAGGACUUUGAGGCCUCGCUGGACGACUGGAAGCCGGAGCCGGCGGAGGCCACCACCAACGUGUGCUGUGUCUCCGAGGGCACCUACGAGGUCUGCAGUCGUACCACCGCAGCCAAGCACAAUGAGAACGCUAAGUGGUUCCUGAAUGUGUCGUGGCAGAUGGAGGGUGUCGACAUCCACCUGGACGUGAGCGUGGGCAAGCAGCUCUCCGCGCUCGGGCACACGCUCACCAUGCUCACUGGAUUCGAAGAGGAGGACCCGUUCCCGAAGAUGGAUCCUUAUGAAAGUGACUUAGACGACGAGGCCGACAACAGCAAAGGUUCUCAGGAGAGCAUAGUGUACCGGCGCAAGUACGCGGACCACCUGCCGGCGUUCGUGUUCGACGCGAGCCUGGACGCAAAGAAGCGGUCGAAGCUGAUCGAGCAGGAGAUGAGCGAGCAGGCGCGCAUCAUACACGACCUGCGCGCGCUCGGCGCCAGCCGCGCCACAGUCGACCACGAGCUGCGCCGGCUGCACGACCUCGAGGCGCUCGUCUUCAAGGACUUCAGGAGGGACAUGAUCCAGAAGCUGCGGCGUCAGAGCGUGCGCGCCAGCUCCAUAACGAAGGGCAAGCUGGGUCUGGGCUCCAACCGCAGCCAGUCGUUCGUGUCGUCGGCCCCGCCCCAGCCCCCGCCCGCACCGCCCUCCACGCUCAGUCCGCCCUCGACAUUGUCUCCGCCUUCGCCUCCAUCGCCUCCCUCGCCUUCCUCGCCGCUCUCGCCGCCCUCGCCCUUACGAGACGCCGAAGGAAUCCUGGAGGCUCACCUGGCGUCCGCGAGCGCCGCGGGCGGCUCCGGCGGCUCGGGGGGCUCCGGGGAAACGCUGUUGCUCGCGGACGAGGACAGCCGGCUGGCCGACAUCAUGGAGGCCGGCAGCUGGAGCUCCAUGGACAGCGAGCCGCUCGCAGGUCCGUCGCGCACGUGGUCGCUGCGUGCGCGCACGUCGGGCGGCGGCGUGCCCCCCGUGCAGCGUCAGAGCUCCCUGCCCGCCCCCUGGCCCGAGCGCCGCGACACGCCGCAUCCUAGACGCAGGAACGAUCCAGGGUAUGGCCUGGAUUAUCUUUUGCUGUCGUCGUCCGAGAGCCAAGGUCAGGACGGCAAGGAGGGCAAGAGUGGAGGCAAGGCGAAGACCGCGGAGCCCAACAUCGACCUGGAGCUGGACGUGAAGGUGCACAUCAACAGCGGCAAGUGCGUUCUGCACACCAAGGAGCCCGCGCGCGACGACGACAUCAAGAUUGGGGGGUCUCGUGGUCGCGUGGGCAGGUCUGCGUCGGGCGGGCUCUCGCCGGGCACACGCCGCAAGCCGCGUCUGCCGCCCCCACCGGACCUCACAGUCUUCCGCGUGCCCGGACUGCAGCUCAAGGUGCAUUACGAAUCCAAAACCCUGCCGGAGGACAUGUCGCUGCCGCUGGGCGCGGCGGCGCGCAAGCUGGCCACCAAGAAGGCCGCGCUCUUCGCCUGGAUCACGCUGCAGAGCAUCCCCGAGGAGACCAUCAUCAGCCCGCAUAUACUAGAGUUCCUGGAGCAGACGCUCGAGCCUAUACCAACGAAGGCUUCCUUCUCAGCGCCCACACCUGAGGCGGAGAGUGCGUCUAGGUCGCGGUCUAGCGGCGGUGCGUCGUACGGACAGUACGUGUACGCGUCCUUCCCCGUGGAUGUGAUCGUGCACUUCCACACGCGACCCUCCGCCUUCCGCUUCAGCUGCCUGCCCGCCUCGCGCGUCGAGUGUCUGCUGCAGCUGCCCAGUCUGCGCAUCGUCUUCAGCUCCAAGCGUGCCGGAGACGAGGAAAUGGCGGAGCCCGCUGUGGCGAUGGGCGGGCUGAGCGUGACGGGAUGUCUGGCCGACUUCUCGGUAUACAUCUUCCACCCGUACGGCGGCAAGAAGUCCAGCCUGAAGGAGGCGCAGUGGUCGCCGCUCGCCGACUCCGAGCGCAAGGACUCGCUCAGCGUCAACGUGGAGUUCGUCAAGUUCCACCUGUCGCGCUCGCGCAAGCUCGACUUCCAUGCCGACCAGGACCACUCUAAGGCCACCGUUAGAUUCUCCACAAUCGUGGAUGUGGGGUCGGCGUGGUUCAAGUACGACAUGCGGCGUCUGGGCGAGAUCCUCGCGUUCCCCAAGGCCUGGUACCGGCGCAGCAUCGUGCGCCGCAUGUUCCUCGGCGACGUCAGCGUGCAACACGAGCGACACGACAGGCACGACCGACACGACCGACAUGACAGACAUGACAGACACGACAGGCAUGCGCAGCCCGGAGCGAGCAGCAAUGCUCCAGUGUCGCCCGUACUGCCGCAGAGAGAGAAAACCAAGACUGUUGAUACACCAAAAGUUAAAGAUAGCGCAGGUGAGGGCGGAGCAGGGGGCGGUAGCGGGGGCGCGGCGUGGGAGACUCUGGUGCUGUUCGCGGUUAACUUCACGAGGCUCAACGUGCACAUGAACAUGGGCAACGUCAUGGGUAACGUCAGCUGGCAGAGCCGGUCUCUGGGUGCGUCAGGUCGGCUGAGCAUCGGCAGCACACAUCGGCGGCACAUGGUGGUGCGCGUCGAGCUCGGCGCCUCCGCACUGGACGCGCGCGCCGGCAUCGUCGGCGGCGCCAUCUCGCUCUCCGCACUGCGCGCACACUUGCACAUAGAGGAGGAGCCGGGUUGCAAUCCGGGACAUGUGCUGGGUGUGCAGCUGGCCGCGCUAGAGCUGAGGCUGGAGUACAUGGGCACGGCCGCGCUGCUCGCGCGCGUCUCCCGCCUGCGCGCCGCUCUGCGCGACGAGUGGCUCGCGCGCACGCGCCCGCGCACGCCACGACCACGCCCACUGCCCAGGCCCGCCAUAAUCCUGAUCCACGGCACGCUGAGCUGGCACCAGCUACAGAUCCUGAUGAGCCGCAGCACGACGCCGGACCUCCUCAAGAUGCAGCUCAAACUGGAGGAGUUUUUCACGCAGCAGUUCAAGUCCAGCAAGCGCGUCUUCAGCUCUCUGCAUCCUAAUUAUGCGACGGCCAGGAGAGAUAAGAGAGAACCGAAUGUGAAUCCAAUCCAGAGCGAUCAGCAGCAACAGCAGCAGCAGGAGCUGCGGCACCACCGGCACUGGCAGAAAGUGCUGCGCCUCGUGUCCGGUAUGCAGCUGUCCACGCUGCCAGCGCCCCUGCCCGCCAACGGCACUGUGCUAGGUGGCACCAUGGAGUUGCACGGUACCAACAUCUCGCUGGGUUGCUUCCACGGCACCAGCAUGAAGGCCAAGUCCUGGGCCCUCUUUAGCCUCAAGGAUCCCUGCAUCAGCUUCGCCACAGAGGCCCAGCAGCUCGAGAACGAGCAAGGCGAGUUGGAGGUUCAAGCGGUCCAGAGUUUGACGGCGAGCCUGGGGGGCGCGGGGGGUGCGACGGGUGCGGGCGGUCCGGGCAGCCCGGCGGGGGGUGCGGGGGGCGCGGCGAGCGGCGGUCACCAGUCGGUCGCGACAGUUGUGCGGAUGACCCGCUCGCUGCUCUUCCCGCCGCAGUUCAAGACGUUGCGCGAGUGGUUCAUGUACGCCUUCGCUGAGAGCGAGAUCGACGCAAUUGAACAGUUUCCUUCGCUGGAGCGUGAUGCGGGCGCUAACAACAGCGCUGGCGGCAGUACUGGCAGUGGGGGCGGGGCCGCGACAGCUGGGGGCGGGGCCAGUGCGGGCGGUGAGCGGGCGCGGGCGGGAGACAGACAUGUACGCGAGGUCAUCUUCGCCCUGCCCGCACUGCAGCUGCAUCUGCGCACCAGACACCUGCAGCGUGCGCCCACUCCCACACAGCAAGACGAGAAGCCGGUAGUGGAGUGCAGCUUCAUCACAGAGUUUGAAGACCACAUCUUUGUGUCGGUGGAUGCGGAAGCUUUCCUAUUCCUGCACGACCUCAUCUCCUCUUAUAUCAAAGAGAAGGAUCGCGUGAUGCCUGGUGGUGUACGUCCCGGCACCAGUGCUGUGGGCGCGGUGGGCGCGGCCGGUAGUGGGGCGGAGGGCGCGCCCCCACAGGACUAUCGUGACUAUCGCUGCCUCACUUGGCAUCUGGAGCCUACUGUCAGGUUAUUGUCGUGGGCGGGCAAGUCUAUCGAGCCGUACGGUGUGGACUACAUCCUGCAGAAGUUGGGGUUCAGCCACGCUCGCACCACCAUCCCCAAGUGGCUGCAGCGCGGCGCCCUCGACCCCCUUGAUGCCCUCCUCGCUGCAGUGCUGCUGCGUCUUGUCGCCCUCCUGCCACACAAGACAUAGUGCCCAACAACCACUACCACUUGAACAAUGCCAUCACCAUCUCACGGUCUAGUUUGAUUUCUUUUAUAUACAUAAAGCCGAUGGCUCCUACGAAUAAGGGCUAACUUGCAAAUUGACAACUUUUCAGGAGAGGCUCUUAAAGAAUUCAACCAUAUAAGAAAAUAGAACGCAAAGGUUCUUUUACUUCAGUAAAAAAUAACAUUU